CUCUGUCUCUGCAGUAUACGUCAACAGGUGUUUAAUUAUGUUUUUCUGUGCAUACAAAUAAAAUCGUAUCUUGCUUAAUGUAAAACUCUUAUCAUUAUUAAAUAUACACCGUUCACACAUGGCUCGUUAUUUCCGUGAGGAAGACAUUGAUGAGUUUAGAGAGUGUUUUUAUCUAUACGCUAGGAGUGGUCAGAUACGCACAUUGGAUGAACUAACUAUUAUUAUGAGAUCGUUGGGGCUCAGUCCAACAAUAGCCGAGUUAAAUAAGUAUUUAAAGGACAAAGGUGGAAAAAUGACGUUUGCUGAUUUUUUGGAAGCAAUGCAUUUACAAACCAGGAUAGAAGAUCUCCCAAAGGAGGUAAUAGAAGCUUUUAGAGCAGCAGACAGCACGAGAUCAGGAACCAUUCCUGCCAGACAGUUAGCUCACAUGUUGUUGAGGUGGGGGGAACAGUUGAGCAAUAAAGAAGUGGAACAAAUUUUUAGAGAAGCUAAUGUUUCUCUGAAUGGACAAGUAAAGUACGAGGAUUUUGUAAAAAUAGCUUGCGCACCAGUACCAGAUUAUUAUUAGAAUAACGAAAAAAAAAAAAAAAAAAAAAAAAAAAAAAAAAAAAAAAAAAAAAAAAAAAAAAAAAUACGAUUGAUAUAUUCAAAUUUGUCAAUUCAAUAGCUUUAAAAUUCGUACGCAACUUAAAAAUUGAAAUGUAUAUUUAUAAAAAUAUGAAUAAGAACCGUGUAUUCUUAAAACUAAGGGACCAAAUACUUGCAUUAAACAAAAAGAAUUUAACGCUUUAUUAUUUAUAAUCUGACAUCCUCUCAUAUUCAAUGAAACGACAAAACUUUAUUGACUUCAUAGCAACAGAAUUUCGGGCCUAUUCAUAUUUUUUUUUUUUUUUUCUUCAACAACUUUGGAAUCAGAUCAUCAAAGCAUUAUUUCCUACACACGUAUACUCGAAAGACCAAAACCUGCCAACUAGGACUCAUUAACCUACAUCAAAACGAUUAAAAAUCCUUGCUCGCAGUGAAUUAGACACCAUAUUGAC